UACCACUCACCCACACCUUUCCAUUACACUUUUAAACUUUUAAACAUGGUUGCCAUCAAAUCACUCUCGUCAGCCUUAGUGGCUCUGAGCAUUGUCUUAUUGGGAGUCGCUGCCCAGAAGGUUACACCUACAUCUACACCUACAUCUACACUAACACCUACACCUGCACCCAAACCUAAGCCUGCUCCAACUCCUAAUUGGUCACCAGAGGAUAUGGCUCGUGUAGUUGACUGCCAAGCCCAAUGCAUUUCCCUCAAACCACCAUUUGGUCAUAAACCAGAUCACACAGUGGAUAAAUUCAUGAGAAUGAAUCCUCACGGAAGAAUGCCUUACAUGGUGAAGAAUAUGCAGCCAAUUGUUCAGCCAUGCCUUAAAGAGCUCAGAAAGUUGAAGGGUAAAGCUUCAAAGGUCACAAGAGCCAAGUUUGAAGCCUACGUUUUGUGCAAUUCUAAAACGCUAGGUAAAAACGAGGAUGUUUACUUCUCCAAGAGGUUCAACUAUAGAAAGGAUAGAUUCACCAACAAGCAAUGGACCGAGUUCAGAACCCGCACCUUGCCAGGAUUCAGAAGAGCACUCCACAAGUGCCGAGGAGGAUGCCGAAAGAUCCACUUUGCAAAGUAUAACAAGCCCAAGAAGUAAAUAACAUUAUCAUCACUCUCUCCUCUCUAUCCAAUUUACCAUUUAAUUCUUAAUUAGAAAUUGAAAUAAAUAUAACAAAUACACUAGUUCAUCC